UGUCGAGGCUCUGCCUCCGAUAUUAUUUAUCUCCAUAAAACGCAGUGCAUACUGCAUUGGAACACAACGCCUCACAAUAGCUUACCGUGUACUUAAAAAAAUGUUCGGUCUUUUUCUUUAACAUAAACCCAUUUAACUAAUUGACACACUGUUAAAAUUUGAUUCAUUAGAAGUAAUCUGCAGGUUGUGUCUAAAGUUCAACCGCAAGUUCAAUGUAAUUUCCCAUCCUGUAUAGAAUAUUUAUCUAUUUGAGAAAAACAAUAGUUUUGAAGGCAUCAUGAGGAAAGUUCUUGAACACAGGAACCUGAUUCAUCUGUAGGAUUUUAUGUUGAAUAUGCUUAAUUAUAAAGAAAUGCCAUAUCGCUUUUGGGGGACGAUGUCGUAUAUAUUGUAAGUAUUAUGAAAUCCCAGAACACAUAACUGUAAGUAGUAGUAUUUAAUACAUACUUAUUUAUUUAUUUAUUGCACCGACUGUCCAACAAUAUUAAUAAACGUGUUAUCAAGCAAGCAAUAUCUUAUCCUAACCAAGCGCUUUUAGCUGUGUAUUCAAUAUGCAUUACACACCUUUGUUCAAAACCAAAAUCAUCUGUAACGGCUUAUAAAUGUAAAGGGCACCCUCUACUGGUUUUCUUUAGAAGCAUGUUCUCUAAAAUACUAUUCCCAUAAUCCAUCUGGAAACGACGUCUGGGUGGGGUUAGAUCUGUAAUAGUAAUCACGGACCUGUGGACGUUCAACGCGCCUUGGCGCAUGUUCUGCAGAUCUGCACAAAAUAAACGUAGCGGUUGCCAAACACACACUUUCCGCCAAAGUGAACUGCGCGGCAAAAGAAGGGAGACACAAACAAAAACAUGUGGCGGACUCUCUGUGAAUAACGGCUGUUGGAAUCUUCAAGAUCGGGUCUAUAAUAUUUAUCCUUUUCUAAGGUUAGGAGCAACUCUGGCUAUUGGCUGACAGUAAACGUCAUGGGUUUACACUCAGCCCAGAAGAAGCACUUCCCCCUGCGGGGCAUAGAUGGGGUGGUUCAACUCUUCGAUGCUGAGCUUCGCAAGUCAGAACCCGACUUGGCACUUCUCUCACUGGUCUUGGGAUUUGUGGAGCACUUCUUGGCUGUAAAUCGGGUCAUUCCCAUUAACGUUCCUGGAGUGCGUUUUGAACCGCUGGAGCCCGACUGCCACUUCCUGUUUCCCUCCCUGGGUAUGAUCUCUGCACUGUACGAGCGUUUCACAGCCCAAAUCCGUGGUGCUGUGGACCUGUCCCAGUAUCGAAGAACAGGACCUGGGUCCAGCAGAGAGCUGGUGAAGAAGGUGUCAGAUGUCAUCUGGAACAGCCUUAGUCGCUCAUACUUCAAAGACCGCGCACACAUUCAGUCCCUUUUCAGUCUCAUCACUGGCACUAAACUGGACAGUUCUGGUGUGGCCUUCGCAGUGGUGGCAGCCUGCCAAGUUCUUGGUCUGAAGGAUGUCCACUUAGCACUGUCCGAGGACCACGCCUGGGUGAUUUUUGGCAAAAAUGGCGAGGAGACCGCAGAGGUCACUUGGCACGGAAAGGGUAACGAGGACCGGCGGGGACAGACGGUCACAGCUGGAGUCAAUGAGAAAAGUUGGCUGUACCUAAAGGGCUCCUACAUGAAAUGUGACAGAAGCAUGGAGGUGGCCUUCAUGGUCUGUGCCAUCAACCCUUCACUGGACCUGCACACUGACAGCUCUGAGCUCCUGCAGCUGCAGCAGAAACUUCUGUGGUUGCUGUAUGAGCGUGGCGACCUGGACAGGUAUCCCAUGGCCAUGGGCACUUUGGCGGACCUGGAGGACCAAGACCCAAUCCCAGGCAAAGAGAGCCCCCUGAGGAUUCACCUCAAGGCUGUGGGUUCUGCCCAGAAGCAUUACAACAACGAGCACAUCUACCCCUACAUGUACCUGGCUGGUUUCCAUUACAGACACAGGAACGUGCAGGAGGCUCUGAAGUCCUGGGCUGAGGCCGCGCAGGUCAUGCAGGAGUAUAACUAUUUCCGUGAGGAUGAGGAGAUCUACAAAGAGUUCUUUGACAUUGCAAAUGAUGUUAUCCCCACACUGCUGAAGGAGACUGCUGCUGCAGAGAGUCCAGGGGAGGGAGGAGAGGGAGGUGAAGGAGCAGACAAGGUGAGAUUAUCCAGCCCAGGGGAAAGCAGUACGUGAAAGUACGUCACUGAUGGAGUCAUUCCAUAUGGGAAUUACAACUGCCAUAUGAUAUAAGGAAACUAAAUACAGUAACAUUUUGAAAAAUAGCUUAGUACCUAAUAAUUUAAACUAUUUAGUAAGGAUGUAUCAGAUGAACAUUAUCGGACGGCGUUUGCCUCGUUAACUGCUAUCUGGGAAAUUGACACUUUAAAUUCUCCCAUGGGAGUUAUGAAUAUGUUAGCGUCUAAUCGGUCACAAAUAUUGUAGCUUCCCUUGGAACAAAAUCAUGAUACGGUCUAGGAGUACACAGGCUACUGUGGGCUACCCACCUUCCUCCGACGGGGAACGACAUGACCAACAGGCUUCUUAGCCACUUAAUGUCGAGCAUUUUAACUGUGCUUUUGUUUUUGCAUUUACUCUUGGUGAAUUUUUAUUUGUAGGUACUGAAAAAAUUCUCAUUGAGUAAGUUUUUGUUUAUCUGGCUAAAACCACUCAACUAAUUUUGUUGGUCAAUGUAAACACAGUGGGGCUUCAAGAUAGGAGUUCAAUCCGUUCCAAAACAGCACUCUGUCGAUCCACUUAUAUCUGGAUUGCAUUUUCCUCAUUAAAAUGAACUAAAAACUAAU